GACUAUGACAUAACAUCAAAAAAUAAAGUGAAGGUGAUCUUAGCUGCUAACAUUAUUAUUAGCUGGAUAUUUUUAGCUAUACAAAACAAUUUAUUAGAUGCUCUGUCCAGGAUUAAUCAGGCAUAAAAGUAGUCAAUAAAAUGGAUCAAGUUUCGAAUGUAUUUAACGGUUUUACAAACAUAAUGGAUCAAAAUAUACGAGGAGUACAGCUUGGCUGUUACUCUGUAGCUCUAGUUGGGCUAACAGUUGCUAUGCGAAAAGUGAGACCGUUUAGUAAAUUUAAAGCGCCUUCUGACAUCCCUAAUCAUUUCGUUAAAGAAAGGCGUGAGUUAACGGGCUUGGUGAAGCGAAUUGAACCUGACGGCGCUUUAUUGAUGGUACAGCAUAAGCCCUUGGUUAAUAUCCCUUUGAUACCUUCUGGUCAGUUACCUGUCAAAAUAACAGGGGUCAAUGUCACCGGACUGGGAAUAAGCUGGUUACAGACUGUAGUUGUUGGCAGCGAAGUAAAAUUUGUACCUAUUUUGAAAGGACGAAACUUGGUAGAAUGUGAAGUUCUGCUUGUGCAACCUUCUAAAGAUAAGAAGAAGAAGCCACAGUUAGUAAACAUAGGAGAGAGCUUGGUGAGAAUAGGUUUCGGAGCGACAGAGAACAAUGAAAAAGCUCUUGUCGAAGAUCGUCUUCGCUCGCACUAUUACAACCAACUUCGUAAUGCCGAGUUAUACGCGCUUCGCAAGAGACUGGGCCUUAGAUAUUACAUAAAACCGACUAAAAAAGUCCUUACGACUCUAGGAAUUUACCUGUACGUGCUUCUGGGGAAGACCUACCAGAAAAUCUCCAAUCUUCCUUAUAAACUGCCAAAGAUAUACGCGUCAUAGCAGCAGCGGAUUCAUAUAGCGCUCGAUUGUGCUAUUCUAGUCUUACAGAUCCUCGCCAUUUACAAUAUAAUCGCCUUUUUCUUCUAUCCGAAACGUAAAUCGCCAUGGCAGGACUUGAGUAGUGCCAUAGAGUUACUUCUUUAUGAUUAAUAUAUACUUACAUGUACACAUUUUUUGAUAUGAUCGAUCGACAUGUUAAUUAAAUUGGAAGAUAUGUGAUAUCGAACAAUCCGCUGCCGCAGGUAGGGUCAAGUUCGUACGUUUUCAUUUAAUUUUUGGCGCUGACUGAGAUCGUUUAGUUGUGACUACCUUCAAGCAUUUAGUGGGCAUUUAUUUUAGUGUCCUAAAAAGAACUGAACCUCCGAUAACUUUUCAAGACAGAGUUCUAUCAAAGAAGGUUUGCGAUGCAGAUUGUAAGAUAUCUAGAAACCAAUAUACUGUUGACCUUGGGGUUGACCUUGACUUUAAAUUUCAAGGUCAAACCAACAUCAACUUGGACAUUAAAUGGAACACUUUAUUUUUUAUGCUGACAAUCAAUACAAUGCUGAAUUUUAUGUUCGAUUAGGGGGUAAAAAAAUUUUCUGGUAUGUCCUAGCAUGGCAUUUGAAACUCAUUUUUCUCUGAAUAUCUCAACAAGAAUUUUUUAUCGAAAUCUGUGAUCAGAGAUUUUUUCCAGGACUCUUCUUGUAGAUCACAAUGAAGGUCAAACACAUUUUUCACAAAAAAUAACAAAUAUAAAGGAAAAAGAUAAAUAUAAACAUGCAAAUUGAUGAAAGCUGAAGAAAUUAUAAAAAAGGCAAUUAAUAUCUGUAGGUAUUUGAAUUUUUCAGAGUAAAUGUUCGAAUUAGUGGUCGUCUACAGUUUGACGGUUCAUAAAAAUAAAACAGCUUUCUAAUCAUAUUUUUAUCUAUCAAAGCAGCUUCAUGGCGUUCGACGCUCUAUUGGUUGCCGAUAUAAAAAUUGGGUGUUCAAUAUGACAUUUUCAAGUUUACCUUGGCCUGACCUUGUAAAUUGUGCCGAAGGUCAACCAUCAAAAUUUCCAUUCAAAGUGCCACAAAUUUUGUUUGAAUCAUUUUCCUUCAACACAAGUUAACCUUGGUUUGACCUUGAAACUAAAGAUUAAGGUCAAACUCGAACGUAUCGGUUUCUUGAUAUUUUAUGACAUCUGAAAUUUUUUAGCAGUGACUUAAUUCUAAAGUUUCGAAGGAUUCGAGUUUUUUGGGGACACAAUGUAUGUAACACUGUGUCAUCAUAAAACAUGUUUGUAUAUUUACAUAGAAAAUUUAUACCUACUGGAACUACUUGUAUUUCUUAAAAGAAUUGACGAAGGCAGUUUACUUAUGGCACAAUGUAUUUGUUUAAACAUGUCACUUCGUUAUAUCAUUUGUUGUUAAAUUGUUAUUAUGUAAUACGAGGUUUUUUAUUUCAAAUAAAAUACUAUGGAUUAUUUUUUAAAUUUAUUUGUUUAAAAUAAAUCAUAAACACUAUAAA